UCACCCUCGGCAGCUCAUCCAGCGUCAGGACACGUGUGCGCUCUCCUCCGAUUAUCACCCCGUCUCCUAAAAGCGGCCAUGCACCUCCACGCACACGCGUCGUGUCGCUCCCUCGUCCUGCUCUGCAUCUUGCUGAGGAGCUGCCAGGCCGUGGAAAAUGACGCCACGGAGCGGAUGUUCUCGCACGUGAGCCCUGCGCCGGUGGCGGAGCUGCAGAGCAACGCGUCCCUGAACCGCGCGCGCACCGGAGGGCGAGGACAGGGCGGCGGCGGCGCGGUGGCGCACGAGCGAAGCGACCGGAGUCAGAUUGGCUGCAGAGAGCUGAGGUCCACAAAGUACAUCUCUGACGGCCACUGCACCAGCGUCAACCCCAUCAAGGAGCUGGUGUGCGCAGGCGAGUGCCUCCCAGCCCAGAUGCUGGAGAACUGGAUCGGCGGGGCCCGCAGCCGGAAGUUCUGGUCCCGCCACAGCAGCAGCCACGACUGGCGCUGUGUCAAUGACAAAACCCGUACCCAGCGCAUCCAGCUGCAGUGCCAGGACGGCAGCACAAGAACGUACAAGAUUACCGUGGUCACCUCCUGCAAGUGCAAGAGGUUCUCACGGCAACACAACGAGUCCGGCAGCAAGUUCGAGGAUCCGGCCGCGCUGCAGCCUUCGCUCCUGCACAGACAAAAAUCCAAGAGCAAGAAGAAGCCGGAAAAGACCCGGCUGAGGGAGAACUGGCACGAGACUGAGUCUUAGAAUCUGCAAGAUGUUCAGAUUGACUCUGAAAAAUCCGUAGGAGGUUUCUCCUUUUGACGUUCGGAAGUUGUGGUUGUGGAUUAUCUUUCUGUGACUUUGACUUGACUCGUGCAAAGUUGCUUCCUGUAUAAGAUGGAGACUCCAAAAAGGAUUGUCAAAGACUUUUGGUUUAAAAAUGUGAACAGAGGUGGAUGGUACAGUGUGGAGAGGUCUAUGAACACAUUAUCCUGUAUGGGCUGUGCAUGCGUCCACAUAAAUUCUGUGUGCUUAUGGAGAGCUGCAGCUAAUUAGCUGAAAAAAACAGCCAAACAUCUUUAAAACAUUGACUGUAAACAGUUGUACAUAUAUGAAAUUCCGACUUGCGUUUUGAAAUAUGGCUGUGUUUAUAAGAUUUUACUAUGUAAGAAAUAUGAUGUUUGAUGUAAUAUAUUUCUGUGGCAAUACACCUGAUGAAUUCAUUUGUUUAUUGUCUGGAAAAAUGUCCCUCUUGUUCUAACUUUGUGUUGAAUAAAUCCAACUAUUUUGUCA